UACUGUAGAAUUCAUUAGCAGAUUUUGUCAAGAGUUACUUUCGUUCUUAACAAAGGUUUUCUUUUGAAGCACUGCAGUUUGUCUCGUUUUUUUUCCUCUUUCUCCAACUUGAAUAGUUUGCGACACUGGAAGUAGAUAGAAAAUGCCAUGCUGUAGCAGCUUAAAGUGAAGACUGCUGAGCCUGCUGUCAGGCUGCAGUCACAACAGUUAUGUGCAGUAACUGAAAUCAACAGUUUGAUAGAGGUAAACACGAGCCCAUGAGUGGAGCUGCUGUAAAGCGUAAGCUGCCAUGUUAGGGGACAACUGCUCCGACAGUCUGACCAUUGAUUUUUGUCCGACACCACCACCAGAAAUCAGGUGGGUCAUCCCCUCUGGCAGCAACGGUGGACUACAAUUCCCUAAUUCUUCACCUACAAUGUUCCUGUGGGCAGGAAGUAAAGCAACAGAUGGACAACAUGACCGCAGAUCCAUUUACCAGAAGAUUCGUGAAUAUGAGGUCCUGGACAAGAGGAAGACAGUAACAGCUCUGAGGGCAGGAGAGGACAGAGCCAUACUGCUGGGUCUUAGCAUGGUCUUCAUCUCUGUCAUGAUGUACUUUGUCCUGGGAAUCACCAUACUGCGCUCUUACUCUGACAGUGUAUGGACGGAUGAGGCUAGCUGCACUAUCGUGAACUCUACCAUCGUGUGGGAUGUAAACUGUUCAUACAGCUGUGGAGCAGAGUGCUGGAAGAGUUCCCGUUACCCCUGUCUCCAGGUCUACGUCAGCCUCAACUCCUCAGGAAAGGUGGUACGACUGUUGCACAACGAGGACACCCAGGACAGCAAUCCUGAGUGCUUCUACACCCCAAAGUGUCGAAAGGACUAUGCAGCCACACAUGCAAUAGUUCAGAACAUUUCUGAGCGUCUCAAGUCUCAGCACAUUGUCCAGUGUUUCGUGGACCCAAGAGACAGAGCGGACAAUGCAAUCCUGACACAGAUCUACGGCCAGGUCGCAGUCUUUCACUCCCUGUUCUGGCCAACCUUCACCUUGCUUGGAGGAACCAUCAUCAUUGCCAUGGUGAAGCUGACCCAGUACCUGUCCAUUAUGAGUGAGCGACUGAGCCGCAUUAACAGGUGAAAGGGAAGGUUCAAUUGAAGGGAAGUUCCCUUUAAUUGGACACAGGGACAACUGAAGCAUCUUCACUGGGCCAAGAGUGAAAGACAAUGAGGAGGGACAAUUGUUGGUUGUCUGUCUGUGAUAGCUGGAAUGAUGGGAUUCAGACAUGUCUCAGCAAUUAUCUGAAAGCAGUCAGACAGACAAGCAUAUAUUUUUGAGACCGGGUCAAUAUGCAGGUUUGAAGAUAAACCCAUGUUGGUUUGGAGCCCGACAACAGUUCGGCCUGCUGGUGGUUGACUCCCAGUAACAAUCUUUGACUAUCAAUUUCCUUUUUUUUUGCCAGUCAGUAGGAUUUGUACAAAUGUGACAUGAUUUUUUUAAGUACCUAUUCUGCGUUCUAUAACUUUACAAAGCUAGUUGUUAGAGGAAAAGUUCAACAUUUUAGGAAAUAACGCUUAUCCGCUUUGUUCCCAAGAGUUAGGUGAGAAGAUCGAUACCACUCGAGCUUCUGUCCAUUAGAUAUGUAGCUAUAGCCCGCAGCCGAUUAGCUUAGCUUAGCUUAGCACAAAAACUAGAAGGAUGGAGGGAAACAGCUAGCCUGGCUCUUUCCAAAGGUAACACAAUCUGCCUAUACCAGCAACUCUAAAGCUCACUAAUUAAGACUAUAUAUCUUGUUUAUUUUAUGCAGACAAGCUGUUACUAAUCCUUGUGCUAAACUACCUUAGCAGGAUGCUAGCUGUAGCUUCAUAUUAAGCAUACAGACAUUGCAUGGUAUCAAUCUUCUUCAAACUCUCUGCAAGAAAGUGAAUGUGUAAUGUCGAACUAUUAGUUUAGAGAAAGAUCUUUUUUAAACUGUAGCCUGGUACCAAAAAGUGCAUUUUGGGCUAUCUGAGUCCCUAGUGUAAUAAGGGCUGCUAAGGCUUUACUGUAGCCUACCUGUGCCUUAGGACUAUAGAAUUGGCUGUUUGUGUCCUACUGCAUGUAGAGACGGUUUACCAACCACUGCUCUGAUAUUAGAAAGUCUUUAUGCUGACUCAUUCCAUGAGGCUGAAGUGGUUGGUGGCAUCCUUCCAGAAGCAGUGUUAUGCAUACGGUGCAUCAUGAGGAGCGAUUAGGGAAAGCGCCUCCAAAAGGGAAAACCAAUAAAACCACUUUACCACUGGGCUUAAUCUGGCUGGGCAGUGCUUACUCACAGCUCCACACAUCACACCCAUGCUGUCUGUGAUUGAUUUCAAAUGUUCUAUUCAAACAUGUUUUGUUACAUGAAUGAUUGUACUAUCAAAUAAACACAAUGUGCCUGUUGCAUCUUGAUAA